AGCGAAAAUAGAAAUAGAAAGGCCUACCCAAGAGGUACCACAAAAAAUCUUUGAAUCUCCACAGCAAGAAGAGAAUCCACCUUCGCCGUUUGAUCACGAAAUAAAAGCCCUAGAAGUUUCCGGCGAUGAUUCAGAAGCCUCGGGAGCCGAAAUGGACAAAACCACAAAGGUGAAAGAGUUAAGUAAGCAGCGCCAUAUCCAUUGCCGGUGCCAUGGCCGCCGCCCGGCUUUCCCCAUUCCUCCUUCCACUCUAUUAUCGGGCUCCGCCUUCGUCUUUUCCAUUAUGGUCCUCGUUUUCCAUUUUAUCAAGCGGAAAAAAAUCCAAUUAGAACUAUUAAAUAGGGCGAGCAAACCAGGAGAACCGGUUCAGUAGUCGGGUAGCGAUGCUUCGCCUCACUUCGGGCUUCAAUUUAAAGGGGAGCAACGCGGCAGCGAGCGCCGCAAGCCUGACAUUGCUGUUGCCGAUCCGGCAAGGAUUCCGAUCGCCAGCUGCUCUGCAGGCUCUCGAAGCUCACAUCGACGCAGAAGAAAGAGGACAGGAGAAGCCAAGGCUCGUGUUAUACAACUAUCCCUCUUUGGCUGGAGCCUUUGCGGCACUUUUCGCCCAUCUCUACCACUCCGCCCUCAAUCUUUCCUGCCUAGUUCUCCCCUUCUCCUCCGUUGAGCCCCUCAGGGUAGCGGAUUUUAGGUUUAUUGGCAUUCAAACUUGUUAUAUGCUCGAUUUCAUCGGGCCUAAGAAUUUUGCUGGAGAGCUCGCAAAGAUUAUUCCAAGGGUGAUAGCCUUUGAUCAUCGACUGUGUACAUUAUCAAGGAUUGCUAAUAUGGCGAACCACCCCAGUAACUUGGAGCUGCGAAUUGAUACCAGAAAGAACAGCGCCAGGGCAUCUUUACAUUAUUUUUCUGAAAAAUUCUCUGAAGAUAAAUCGUCGAUAAGGGGCCAUGAAUCAUUGUUGAAGCUUGAAGAACAAGCUCGUGUCGAGAAAAUGAUUAGUUAUAUGGAGGACGCCGAUCUUCGUCGCUGGGAACUAGCAGGCAUCAAAGAAUUUGGAAUUGGAAUCAGAGAAACCCGUACAAAGCUAAACACUUUGACUAACCCUCACGUAUUUAAACAGCUUCUGGAGCUUGAUGCUGAUGACCUCAUAGCUAAGGGAAAUUCUUAUAUUACUACACGCCUGGAUGCUGCAAAUAAUUUAUUGGCUAGACCAUUUAAGAUUAGGCUUGGAAGAGGAUUGUAUGGAGAGUGCCUGGCAAUCAGGGCUGAUGGAAAUGCAGAGUUAAGCCAUGAAAUUGCGAUGGAACUUGGUAGCAGGAGUGCUGCAGCUGGUUUAAGGCCUAUCGGAGCGGUUAUAUUCAUGCAGCGUGGGAACCUGAAAAUGUGUUUAAGGACUAAUGACAGCUCCACCGAUACCUCAGAAAUAGCUAAGGCCUUUGGAGGUGGAGGAAAACCCGGUUCGAGCUCCUUUAUUAUAAGAAUGGAUGAAUACAACGAAUGGACGAAAGUAAAUUCACACUGAGUUAUCAUUCUGCUAAUACAGAUUUGAACUUGAACGCCUCCUAUUUCUUUAUGAGAAUUUCAAAGUAGUUCAAGUUACCGCAAUGGUGAUUGAAGCGCCGCAAUAAUAUGCCCAAUUUAAUGAACAAAAAGGCCUUCAUAUGCUUGUUUUAAGACAUCCAUAAAGCUUUCCAGAGCUUGAGAGGAGCACUUUGAUUACCACUGAAGUAGAGGAUGCUCUAAAAGAAAUGAUAACAAGUAUGAUAUCAUUCAUUUCUUAGAUUAUUUCAUAUUAAUUCUCUACGCUUACCUUAGAGAACUAUUCUCAUUAUUUUAGUUCACAGAAAGUAAGUAUAGCAGUGUCUGGUUAGUUUAGUAUGACACAGAUUGACAAUAAUUUAUAAUAUU